CUGCUGUCUUUGUGUGGAACAAGCUAAAGGCCUUCACUUAGACAUCGCAUACCAACCUCCUUUGACUCCUGUGUUGCUAAGAGUCAAACUGGGUUAAGAGGAUUUGAAAUUUUCUCUUCUAGAUGCCUGACAGCAGCUUCGGAAUUUGAGUCAGUGAGUCAGCUGCAGUGGCUAAGACUGCUUGGCACUCGAUGUUCACAGUAGCCGGUAGUUGCUAAUUUUAGCUGCUGCAGUUGUCUGUUUUCACCCUGUACCAGCAGAACAUGUUUAGCACCUUUACUACGUUCAAAUGUCCUACGUGUUCAAUUGGUUGGAUGUGCCAUGGGGAGACGGAGACAUAGGUUCUUGGGCUGACCGCUCCCCACUCCAUGAAGCCGCCUCUCAGGGUCGACUACUGGCUCUACGCACCCUUCUUGCCCAGGGAUAUCAUGCUAACAUUUUGACAAUUGAUCAUGUGACCCCUCUCCAUGAAGCCUGCCUCUCAGGGCACACCGCAUGUGUUAGAACAUUAAUACACGAGGGAGCCAAUGUGAAUGCUGCGACCAUCGACGGCAUCACACCAUUGUUCAACUGUUGCACUUCAGGAAGCAUUGGCUGUAUAGAGCUUCUACUGAAGAAUGGUGCACAGACUCACAUACAGCACUCACACUUUCCUUCUGCUUUGCAUGAGGCCUGCAAGAGAGGGAACAGCCAGUGUGUGGAGUCACUUCUCUCUCAUGGAGCCAAUCCAGAUUGUCAGCUUCCUCUCCUGGGUUCUCCUCUCUACGUGAGCUGUCUGCACCAACAACUGGCCUGCUCCAGAGUUCUACUGGAUCGAGGAGCAGAUGUAAACUCUGGCAGGGAAAGAGACAGCCCUCUACACACUGCUGCCUCGCAGGACAGUGCAGAUCAGGUCUCACUGUUAUUGCAGUAUGGGGCAGAUGUCAACUGCAAGGACAGCAUGGGCCAGCGGCCUGUGGAAAUAGCACCUCCUGGGGGAAAGGCACAUUGGCUUCUUGUUGCAUAUGAAGGUUCUCCACAGACCCUUUCUCAGCUCUGCCGUCUCAGGAUCAGGAGGCUCCUUGGGUGGUCCAGAUUAGAACUGUUACCUUUACUCCCUCUUCCUCCGCUCCUCACAAACUACAUGCAAAAUAUGUAAAACCUUGCAAACAUGGACACAUCCAGCACAGCCAAGGGAAUCUGGCUGCAGACAUCAACAUCUGGAAUUGGAAAUCCUCAACCAGAACCAGAAAUCUCCCCAUGUUGAUCGAGAAAAACUUCACUUUGACUGGUGACCUUAACAGUUAUGCAUUUUCUCCCAUUUUAACCUCUAAUAAAAGUUUUUUUCUACAAUCUCACCUGGGGUAAGGUUAGGGUAAAUUGUAUAAUUUUCACUUUUGGCAAUGAUGUCAGGUGCCAUUUUGUCUAUAGCCAUGUCCCUCUUUGCAGAGCAGUGAAAUGGCGUUGCAAGUUAAAUUUGUACAAGUCAUUCUACCGAUUUCAAACAAAAACAAAAUGUGGUAUCAUUAUUUUGAAGUAGACUUGCUUCAUAAGAAAGAGUCCUACUUCAUUGUGUUAAUGUGAUGAGUUUCUGUUUUAAGUGUAAACUAUGAAACUGGAGUCACUGAUCUGCAGAAAAUUCUCAAGCUGUAUUCACACUUAAUGCAAUUCACAUGUUGCUGCUCAAUAUUUUUGUAAAAAUCUGGUCAUAAACUUGAUGCUUCAGAUGCGUUUUUGAAGAGCUACUGCAAGUUUUUUGCCUGAUCCCUACACAGAAGCUGUGACUGUAUCUCACGUACAAAAAGAUCAGGUUUAUUAAUUUUGAUGGGCUCUACAUAAACAUCUAUAAUCACAUCUCCAUGUCUGGGUUCGUGAGAUCAUUCAGUCUCUCCUGGUACACUGGAGCUACAUCUGAACUUCCAUCUCUCUGUGACCCAAAUUGAUGAUUUGCUGUCCCACAUUAGUCUGAGAAUGGAAAAAGUAAAAACAAAACUAAAAUUAAACUUUUUUAUUGUUUCCCAAUGGAAAAAGGAAAAACAGUACAAAGUUUAGAAGUAGACUGAUCAGAUUUUCCUCCAUUUUGGUUUUGGACUCCACCUGCAGAUUACCUCAUCAACAUGUCAAAGUUGAGUCCCUGAUUGGUUAAAUCUUUCUAGCAUCUUUUGACGCCUAAAACGCACCGCUGCCACCCUGACGUGCCACGUCCAAUGCUUAAAUUGUGCCACAGAACCUCUGAUAAUGUCCGUACAUUAACUUAACAUUAAAACUGGAUGCCUCUGGCACAUGAAUCGAGUUCGAUGCAAAUGCAGCUUUUUUCAUCACUUGCAUGUUCAUACUGAGACCCUCAGCACUUCGGGAGAAGAACUUUAGAAAAGGUUGGAAAAACAGAAGAGUGCUGUAACUCCUAGCAUGCACAAAUUAUUGUAAAUAUGUUAACCUGUUUUAAUUGUAUUUUUUGUGACCUUAACUCACUCAUAAAAUGUGUUUUAUUACACA